AUGGAGUCGUCGCGUAAGUUCUUCCCAACUGUCGUCGUCCUCCUGCUGCUUGUCGUCGUGGCCACUGAGGUGAUACCGGCGCAUGCGAGGGUGUGCGAGACAAAGAGCACCCUGUACAAAGGGCUAUGCAUGAAGGACCAUGAGAACUGCGCCACAAUGUGCCGUUCCGAGGGUUUCCUUGGCGGCGAGUGCAGCGGCUGGCACCGCGACUGCAUGUGUACCAAGUCCUGCUAG